AUGGUGGACCUGAGUGACCAAGAGCUUUUUUCCACUACUGGUGCUGAUACUAUUGCUAUUGUCAAUAGUUUCAUCAAUAAUCAAACUCUCUUCUUUGAAAACUUUGUGUCAUCAAUGAUAAAAAUGGGAAAUCUUGGAGUUUUGACUGGAACUCAAGGUGAAAUUCGAACACAAUGUAAUGCUGUGAAUGGGAAUUCUUCUUCUGGUUUGGCUUCUGUGGUUACCAAUGAAUCAUCCGAAGAUGGCUUGGCUAGCUCAUUCUGA